AUGACUGGCGAGCAUAUUCUAAGGGUCAUUGAUUGCAAGUCCCGCCAGCUUACGACAGUAAAGCCUGGUGAGCCAUACAUAUGCUUGAGCUACGUGUGGGGUAGCGGCACUACGCAGGAUGUUAGGGGAUUUGGGGACAAACUGCCAGCUAGUGUCCCCAAAACCGUAGAAGACGCCAUGGAUGUAGCGAUCAACCUGGGCAUACCAUAUCUAUGGGUGGAUCGGUACUGUAUCGAUCAGGGAAAUGCCGAGGAGAAGCACCGAAUCAUCAAAAACAUGAACAGGGUUUAUGAGCAGGCAGAAGUUACAAUCAUAGCUGCCAUUGGAGAUGAUCCUCAUCAUGGUCUUCCAGGAGUUCGAGGCACAUUUAGAGAAAAGCCACUCAUCCUUGAAAUAGGAGGCGUAAGCUUUGUUUUGGUUGAGAAUACUCCGUACGAAAUAAACAAAACGAAAUGGUCGAGCCGUGCAUGGACAUACCAGGAAAUGCUCCUAUCUCGUCGGCGGCUGGUCUUCACCAAAGCUCAAAUGUUUUUCCAGUGCAGAAAGACACAUUGCAUGGAGAUUUUCAAUCCAGCUUCAGAUUGGGCACAGAGCCUACAUCUUCAAUGCUUUCCAAGUCAAGGUAUCGGCUUUUCUAUUUACGACCUACAGGCACGAUUGGAGGAAUACUACAUGAGACAACUAUCGCUCGACAGGGAUACUGUACUCGCAUUCGAUGGCAUUGUCAAUGCAUUUGACGAGUCAGAGUACUUCCCUUUUAGGGUUAAGCAGUUCUAUGGCGUGUUAUUGUUUUACCCUGACGGCGAUAACGAUCAGGCAAGAAAGCAAUUCAUCUCAAACCUCUGUUGGUAUGUAUCAGGGAAUGGUUACAUUGCCUCAGAUGACCAAGGGGGAAGGAAUUUGUUUCCUUCUUGGAGCUGGGCUUCCACCAAAGCAAGCCAUUUACAGGGACCUCUAAUGCGCGCCAUUAUGCCGUCCUGCCUGGAGCAUAACGACGAGAUCGAAAUUUGCUUGACAAGCAAGGAAGGUAGGGAAAUGAAUUUGAGUGCAUUCAUCGAGAAUGCGAACAGCCACGAGGAGUUUCUCCCAUCCAUAAAGAUGACAACCUGGGUUCUCCAAUAUUCAUUCAGCUGGACUCAUGAACGUCUUGAUGAAUGGCUCGAUCGUACCCAUUAUUUCGAGUUUGGGCCCCGUGAGGACUGCCAUACACUUUACCUGGCCUAUCUGGGAGCUAAUUCUGAACUAACUCUAGAUUUACGGACGGAAGCUUUAAUUCUGGACGAAUUCAGACCCGGCGUCUUCCGUCGGGUUGGACUGUGGCGAUCUAGGUUUGAGUAUGAAAUUUUUGCUUGGACAACGGUAAACGACAUACUUGCUCGCGUGCUAGAGGAACUAAAAAGGGGAAACUAUGGGACACUGUGGCUACCCGGCGGAGAAGAGGCGAUAUCAGAGAUGAAGUGGCAGAGAAGGGCCUUGACCAUUGCAUGA